CAGCAUAUGGAUUUAUUGUUUUCCUUUACUAGUGCAAUACAGUAAAGCAGUUAUAUAUGUGAGCCGAAAUAAAAUUAGCCCAGUUUUUUAUCAUUCGAACUCAACAACAAAGGUACCAUGAUCCAAGAGCCCUUUAAUAUACCAAGAUGAUACUUAAACGCGUUCAAUUCUUUGUGGAUGAUUUGUUGAGAUACUUAUUUUGAUAUAUUGUAGUUUAGUACUUGGUGGUACCGCCUUUGACAUCAAUUAUAGCUUGAUAUUGGUUGGUCAAGCGUGUAGUAGUAUGAAUGUAAUAGGAAAAUAGUAGGGAAGGUAUUCAACUACUUCCUCAUAUCCUUGUAGGUAUUUACAUAAACUGGCUAAUAUCUGUUACCCUUCUAUUUUCUGAAUUUUCCUAUAAUCUAAUGUAAGCGACAAUAUAAAUAUUAUUCACAUAUCUCAGACUCUGCUUGAUUUCAAGUACUUAUUUUUUUCCAUGCGAAUUUUUUUUGACACCUUGUCGCAUCUUUUUAUGAGCUCUGAAAUAAAGUCUUAUUCAGUGCGAGAACUUGCUUCAUGGUUUGAUAAUAGGCCAUCAUUGGCAUCGCUUGUCGAUGUCCGAGAAAUCAGUGAAUUGAAAGAACAAGGCGUUAUACCUGGUUAUGAUAAUAAUAUACCUUAUUUUUUGACAAAUACAGAUCCUGAGCAAUUUGAAAGAAGGUUUUUAGCUCUUGAUAAGCAUGCUCAGCUUGUCAUUUCUUGUCGAUCUGGCAGAAGGAGUAUGUUUGCUGCCGAAUAUGUAACUAAAAAAUUGGGAUUUACAAACGUCUAUAAUGUUCAUGGCGGUAUAUUAGCUUGGAUAGAGAAUGGUUAUCCAAUUGAAAAGCCUUAUUUAUAAUAAUAAAAAAGUUUGUCCCUUUCUGAUCGACGUGC